GGGUCUUACUAGCCGACUUUCGCGAGGCGCACGAUAUCCUCGCCCGUCGCACAGCGCCUGCCCGCGACGCCGACUUCGACAAGUCUAGUUUUAUUACCAAUAGCAUGAGCUGCCUGGGCGAAUUCCAUGCCGCCAUGCGCGCGUCUACGCGUGAGGAUGGCUUUAGGAGUAAUAGAGCGCAUAUGCAGGACCUUAUGGCACCGAAGUUCUUGCACGGCGUUAUUGGGCCGGUGGUGCAUGCUUUUUGGCGAACUCAUCGCCGGUAAUCACACUACGGGCGGCGCACUUGGUUGGCUUGUUAAGUGCCUCACCAGCUACCGGCAUAUGCAAGCUAAGCUUAGAGAAUCCUUGUACGCCGCUCUCCCGCAGGCCAUCACAGAGGGCCGGCCCCCAACCUUCGAGGAGCUGCGACGGACACGGCUGCCUUACCUUGACGCAUUUAUCGAGGAAACACUGCGCCUCAAUCUGGUCCCAGCAACGCGUGAGACUAUCCGCGACACCACGAUCCUCGGUCGCCCCGUUCCUAAAGGCUGCCAGAUCUUUCUGAUAUCUAAUGGCCCGGGUUUCCUCGCGCCGUCCUUUGCCGUCUCUGCAUCGGAGCGUAGCCCAGCAGCGCAGUCAUCAUGCGUAGAAAGUAUGGUAGGACUAUGGAAUAUAGGUAAGCAAGGCUGGUGCUACGCUUCUCGGUCGGCACUUAUGCAGAAGACGGUAGGAUUAUAGGACACAUGUAACGAAGGCUGAUGUUACGUCUUGUUUUAUGUAUAAUGCGGAGAGAGGGGAAACCAGCUUGGGGGUAAUAGAUUAUAGAACGAUAGAACC